CUUCACCUGAGACUGAGAGCGCUGAAUAAUAAGCUCACUCACACACACUCGCCCUGCAAACGAGCGAGCAUCCUCCAUGUCCAGGCCGCUCUCUUCCUUCUGCCUCCACCGGAUCAGGUCCGGCGGCACCGCGUCCACCGCCGCGCCUCCAUCGAUAUGCGCCAACAAGGACGACGGCGGCGGCGGCGGCGGCGGAGAGAGCAGGUCCCUAAAGGAUGGCAAGCAAAAGGACGAGUGGGAGGAGGCUAACGAGAAGGGCAGCGCAGAGGCCGUCGUCGUGGGGAGGAAGGUGAUGGUGGCGGCGGCGGACGGCGGCGGCGAGGAGGCCCGCACGGCGCUGCAGUGGGCGCUGUCGCACGCCGUCCGGCCCUGCGACACGGUGGUCCUGCUCGACGUCGCCAGCGGCAAGAACCGUACAGGGAGAUGGCUCUUCCUUGUUUUUGUUGCGUGGUCGUCUCGAUCAGGACGCGAUCCGAGAGGGAGUCCGCACCUGGAGGCCUUGAGGAGCAUCUGCCAGGCCAAGAGACCAGAGGUGUGCGUGGAACUUUCGCUGGCGGAGGGCGGCAAGGACCGGGGGCCGGCGAUAGUGGAGGCGGCGAGGAAGCAGGGCGUUUCGCUCCUCGUCGUGGGGCAGAAGAAGCGGUCCGUCACGUGGCGGCUGCUGUCCAUGUGGAUCGCCGGCGUCAAGGGCGGGGGCGGGGGCGGCUACACCAGCGCCGCCGACUACUGCGUGCAGCACGCGGCGUGCAUGGCGCUGGCCGUCCGGCGCAAGAGCCGGCGAGGGGGCGGCUACCUCAUCACCACCAGGCGGCAGAGGGAUUUCUGGCUCCUGGCUUGACUAUAGUGGAAUAGCGAACGGAGUGGCUCAGGUUUAUAGGCAUAGUAUUUAUGGGCCGCAAAAAUAAUAAUUAAUGCAGUAGAUUGCUGUGGGCUGUGUUUUGUUGCUGUUUUAGAACUGACAUGAUAUCAUGGAUUGCGUUUUUGCAAUAAAAAUCAAGCAGCAUAACUUGGAGUUGUGUGCCAUCCA